CGCAGAGGCUAGGAGUCGAACCUGAGCCUCGGAUGUGGAAGCCCAAGCUCUAACCAUCACUAACACAUUUUCACAUUAACACAUUUUCUUCCUCCAAGUUUCACAGCAAGUCACCACCAACUUUCUGUGUGGACAGAGUCUUACAGGAAGGAAAUUGCUUGGAUAUUGUUACACAUAGACAUCAACAGCCAUAUAUAAUAAAGAGGAGAGAGAUAUUAAUUUCAAGUACCAAAAUUGCUUUUAGUCAUUUUGCACAAAAAAAAAAAAAAAAAAAAAAAUUCACCCAGUGCUAAUGGCUUCUUCUUCUUCUCCUCCUUCUUCUUCGCCUCGAUGGAAUUAUGACGUCUUCUUAAGUUUCAGAGGCGAAGAUACUCGCAAGAACUUUGUGGACCAUCUCUAUGUGGCUCUGACACAGAGAGGAAUUUACACUUUCAAAGAUGAUGAGAAACUUGAGAGAGGAAAAUCUAUUUCUCCUGAACUCCUCAAGGCUAUUAAGGAGUCCAGAAUUUCUAUCAUCGUGUUCUCGAAAAACUACGCAUCCUCCUCAUGGUGCUUAGAUGAACUGGUGGAGAUCAUUGACUGUAAAAACACAGUGCGACAAACAGUUUUGCUGGUCUUCUACGAAGUGGACCCCUCAGACAUUCGGAAACAAAAGAGAAGUUUUGCAGAAGCUUUUGGGGACGACAAGGAAAAGGCGCAAAGGUGGAGGGCAGCUUUGGUUGAGGCCGCCAGCUUAAGCGGAUGGGUUUCAAAAAAUACUGAAAAUGGGCAUGAGGCGCAAUUUAUUCAAAAAAUUGCUCAAGAGAUUAUGAAAAUUUUGGGGAAGCAUCUACCGUUAAAUGUUGCCCAAUACCCGGUGGGGAUAGAUCGCCGUGUAAACGAAGUGAUCACUUUGUUGACCAAUGGUUCAAAGGAUGUGCGCAUUGUAGGGAUUUGUGGAGCUGGGGGAAUGGGAAAAACAACAAUUGCUAAAGCUGUUUUCAACCGAAAAUUUGAUAAAUUUGAAAGUCAUUGUUUCCUUGCAGAUGUUAGAGAAGAGUCAGAAAAAAAUGGUCUAGCACAUCUCCAACAAAAACUCUUGAAGGAAAUCCUAAUGGAAGAAGAUUUAAAGAUAUGGAAUGUUCACCACGGGAUCAAUGUGAUAAAGGAAAGACUCCAACACAAGAAAGUUCUUGUAGUUAUCGACGAUGUGAAUAGUUUGGAGCAAUUAGAAAGUUUAGUCGGGAAAAAUGAUUGGUUUGGUCUUGGAAGUGAGAUCAUCAUAACAAGUAGAGACAAACGCGUGUUGGAACAGCGUGAAGUUCUUGAAAUCUACAUGGUUGAGCUGUUGAAUUACAAUGAAGCUAGUCAACUCUUUAGUUGGCAUGCCUUCAAGAACAAGGAUCUUGAAGUGAAUUAUUUUAAACUCUCACAGAGUGUAAUUGAUUGUGCUCAGGGGCUUCCAUUAGCUCUUCAAGUUUUGGGUUCUCUUUUACUUAAAAGAAGCAUAGAAUACUGGGAAAAGGAACUGGAGAGAUUGAAAAAAAUUCCAAAUAAAAAAAUUUACGAAGUUCUCAAGAUAAGUUUUGAUGGCCUUGAGGAUACAGAGAAGGAUCUAUUCCUUGAUAUCGCUUGUUUCUUUAAAGGGUAUCAUGAAAAUGAAGUAAACAGUAUAUUGGGCAGUAGUGGGUUUCCCCCACGGAUUGAAGUUCUAAGGGAACGGUCCUUGAUAACUAUCUCAGACAACAAUAGGCUGUGGAUGCAUGAUUUGAUAGAAGAAAUGGGCAAAGAAAUUGUUCGUCAAGAAUCACCUGAUAAUCCUGGCGAACGAAGUAGGUUGUACUCUCAUAAAGAUAUCUAUAAAGUACUCAAAGAAAAUAAGGGGACAGAAAAAAUUAAAGGCAUCCUGCUAAACAUGCCUCAUCACCAUCCACCAGAGGAGUUACAUGUAAAUGUUGAUGUCUUUGUGAAAAUGAAGAGACUUAAACUGCUCAAACUCAGUGGCAUACGGCCUCGUGGACGCCUUACAUAUCUUCCAAAUGAAUUAUGUUAUCUUCAUUGGGAAGAUUACCCGGAAAGAUUUUUGCCAUCCAAUUUCCAUCCAGAAAAUCUUGUUCAACUUCACCUUCCUGGUAGCCAAAUCCAACAAAUUCCAAUGGACAUCAAGUUUAUGGGGAUGUUAAAACAUAUCGAUUUCAGCGGGUCCCCAUAUUUGAAAAAAUUUCCUGAUCUGUCCAAUUUCCCACUUCUUGAGGAAUUAAAUCUUCUAUGUUGUGAAAAUCUAGUUGAGGUUCACCUUUCCAGUGGAGUUCAUGAGAGGCUUGUUAGGUUGAAUCUCUUUGGAUGUGAAAAACUAAGUCGUCUCCCAAGAAGCAUCAAGUUGAAAAAAUUGAAAUAUUUUGAUCUCUUUGAAUGCUCAAAACUUGAGAAGUUUCCAGAGGUUCAGGAAGGUAUGGAUAGUUUGGAGGUGCUUCGUUUAGGCUACACUGCAAUAAAAGAUUUACCCUCAUCAAUGGAACAUCUUACUGGGCUUAAACAUUUAGAACUAACGGUCAACCGUAAGCUUAAAAAUAUUCCAAACAACAUUUUUUCUGGAAUGAAGGAUUUAGGCGAGCUUGAGAUGGAUGGAACUCUUCUUAUAAACCAGGUACCAUCAUCCAUUUUACACUUGAGUAAGCUUACUUCGCUCAAUCUCAGUAACACUUUGCAACUGGAUGAUGAUGAUGAUGAUGGAGGAAGUUCAUGGAUGACAAAAUCAAUUCAGCUGGGAAAGAGAACAAAUGUUGCUAAUUCAACUUAUUUGCAACUGGAUUUGCAAGGCCGUUUGUGCAAUUUAACUUAUUUAGAUCUCGGAAGUUGCAAUUUGUCUGAAGAAUCCUUAUCCAGUUUUGGCCACCUAUCCUUGUUGCAAACUUUAAAUCUAAGUGAAAACAAUUUCGCAAGCAUACCAGCGUGCUUCAAACAACUCACAAACCUCAAUUCUCUUUAUUUGAGACAUUGCACAAGCCUCCGAAAGUUGACGUCACUUCCGUCAUCUAUAAGGUGUGUUGAUGCAACUGGUUGCAAAUCAUUGGAACAAUAUUGGUUUCCACCAAGUGUAGGCAGUCCAGACUAUCGGAUAUUCAGAUUCACUCACUGCUACAACAUGCAAAAUCUAUUAUCACAAAGUCAACUUCAGGAAAUGGGUAUAAUAAUUGUUCCAGGAAGUGAGAUUCCGCAAUGGUUUAACCAUAAGUGUAAGGCUAAAGGAUCUUCAAAUCGGUAUUUCCGGGUACAUCAUCCACCUUCUUACAAUAACGUUAAAGGAAUUGUCUUUUGUCUUGUUUUCGAAGGAUCCUUCCUUGGAUGGUACGGGCAGAUGUCCUUUAAACUCCGUGUCAUUGGUGAGUCCGGGAUCAAGUUUUAUGAGACCAGAAUUGGUGUAGGAGAUAUUGGGUCAGAUCACGUCAUUUUCAUUCACAAAACCAAAUAUUAUGACGUUGAUAAAAAAGUCCAUCGACCAAUUAAAGAUUUGCUCAGACGAAGACCCAUUGGCCUUCCCAAUAUUCCUCAUGAUGCUUCUGACAUUCGGGCUAAAGUAGACUUCUACAACUUAAAAGAAAAUCCGAAGGUCAAGAAAUUGGGUGUCCAUCUAAUUAUGGAGGAGUAAGUUGAGACCUCGGAGCAAGGUGUGUCACACACAAGUGAGUGCAAAUAUUGGUUUUUGCUCAUUCUUUGGCUUUUUCUGUUUGUUGUUCAUCUAUAUAGGCUAUGUUAAUUAGGGGUCCUGAGGAGAGCCAUUGCAGACCCAAGGCUCCAUUUUAGCAGAAAUCCAAGAAGACGGUUCUAUGUUUGUGAAACAGCAAAGGAUCCUUUUAGAGAUAUUUCUGUACGUUGUCAAUUUCAUUUUUGUUUUCUAAUGUAAUUAAGAAUUUCAGUUGUGAUGAAAAUGUGUUUUGUUUGUAUGAAAA